CGUCAUUCUCCAAUUUCCUGUCAUCUGAUCAAGUGCAACCGAAAGGAUGAACACCACCGAGCCGUCGUCCAAUUCGGCUGUCGACGGCCCCGAGCUCAGCUACGAGUCGGGCAAGACCCUCAUGGCCAAGGGGCCUCAAGCUUUCCACGACCUGAUGGCUACCAAACUCCCAGCUGCAACCGGCCGCCCAUUACCGCGAAUGGAAGUGCGUUUCAGCAACUUGUCGCUAUCCGCCGACAUCGUUGUAGCCGAUGACCACGCCACCAAGUACGAGCUCCCUACUAUCCCGAACGAACUCAAGAAAACUCUCAUGGGACCCAAGAAGAAAACUGUCCGUAAGGAGAUUCUCAAGGGCGUCAGUGGACGCUUCACCCCGGGCAAGAUCACGUUACUACUGGGUCAACCUGGAUCCGGUAAAUCGGCUCUCAUGAAGAUCCUCAGUGGCCGCUUCCCCAUGACCAAGAACAUCACGUUAGAAGGAGACGUGUCGUUCAACAACGUCCCAAGAGAGCAGAUCGAAGACCGCUUGGCGCAGUUCGUCUCGUACGUUAACCAACGUGACAAGCAUUUUCCAACCUUAACGGUUAAGGAGACGCUCGAAUUCGCGCACACUUUCUGUGGUGGCAAGCUGCUGGAGCACGGCCACGGUAUGCUCGACAUGGGGUCGAGUGCACACAGAGACGUGGCUGCACUCGAAGAAAUGAAGAAAAUCUUCGCACACUACCCGGAAGUUGUGAUCCAGCAAUUGGGGUUACAAAUCUGCCAAGAUACCGUCGUCGGUGAUAACAUGUUACGUGGUAUCUCCGGUGGUGAACGUAAGCGAGUGACGACUGGCGAGAUGGAGUUUGGUAUGAAAUACGUAUCGCUCAUGGACGAGAUCACCACUGGUCUUGACGCUGCAGCGGCGUACGAUAUCGUCGAUACACAACGCAGUAUUGCCCAUCGGAUGCACAAGACGGUUGUUAUCGCGUUGUUGCAGCCGUCUCCUGAGCUGUUCGCGCUGUUCGACGAUGUCAUGAUCCUGAAUGAAGGUGAACUCAUGUACCACGGACCGUGCAACAAGGUGGAAGCGUACUUUGAAACGCAGGGGUUCAAGUGUCCCCCCGGAAGGGAUAUCGCCGAUUAUCUGCUGGAUUUGGGCACCAAACAACAGCAUCGGUACGAGGUUCCACACCCAGUCAAACAACCGCGAAGCCCCGCGGAAUUCGGUGAGAGUUUCCGGUUAUCGCAGAUUUACCAAGAGACUUUAAGUGUCUUGGAGUCGCCGUAUGACCCCGAACUGGUCGAAAGUGUCAAGGACAUUAUCGACCCCAUGCCUGCUUUCCACCAGUCGAUUUUCAAUAGCGUCAUGGCGCUGCAGUGGCGAGCGCUAUUGAUCACGUACCGUAACCAAGCGUUCGUUAUGGGGAAGCUGGCUAUGGUGAUCAUUAUGGGGUUACUCUACUGCUCCAUCUUCUACCAGUUUGACCCGACCCAGAUCGCUGUGGUCAUGGGCGUCAUGUUCGCGGCCGUCAUGUUCCUGUCCAUGGGUCAAGGUGCCAUGAUCCCUGUCUACAUCUCCGGACGAGCCAUUUUCUACAAGCAACGUCGAGCCAAUUUCUUCCGAACGGGGUCGUAUGUAUUAGCUACGACUGUGAGUCAGAUCCCCUUGGCGAUUGCAGAGACGCUUAUCUUCGGCUCCAUCGUGUACUGGGUCUGCGGCUUUGCGUCCGAAGCCAAGCUGUUCGUGAUCUUCGAGAUCAUCCUCUUCCUGUCAAAUCUGGCAAUGGGAAUGUGGUUCUUCUUCCUCGCUGGUGUGCUCCCCGAUGCGAAUGUAGUGAUGCCAGUGGGUAUGGUAUCCAUCCUGGUGUUCAUCAUCUUUGCGGGUUUCGUCGUGACCAAGAGUUUGAUCCCAGACUACCUCAUCUGGGCGCAUUGGAUCAGUCCAAUUGCGUGGGCUCUGAAGGCCAUGGCGAUCAACCAGUAUCGAUCAAGUGAAUUCGAUGUCUGUGUGUACGAUGAUGUGGACUACUGCACCAAGUACAACGGAAUGACUAUGGGGGAAUACUACCUGGAUCUAUUCGACUUUGUCACUGAAAAAGAGUGGGUGGCGUACGGAAUCAUCUACCUAGUGGCGAUCUACGUCGUUUUCAUGUUCCUGUCGUACAUCGCGCUCGAGUACGUUCGCUAUGAGACUCCAGACAACGUUGACGUGUCGGUGAAGCCCAUUGAAGACGAGAACUCGUACGUUCUCACUGAAACGCCGAAGGCAGCGAACAAACCAGACGUAGUUGUUGAGUUACCGGUGGAGGCUCGAGAGAGGAACUUUGUACCGGUGACUGUGGCGUUCCAAGAUCUACACUACUUCGUCCCGAAUCCGCAUAAUCCGAAGGAACAACUGGAGCUUCUUAGAGGUAUUAACGGAUACGCUGUGCCUGGGUCGAUUACUGCGUUGAUGGGCUCUACCGGUGCUGGUAAAACCACGCUUAUGGACGUGAUUGCUGGACGUAAAACUGGAGGUAAAAUCACGGGUAGAAUCAUGUUGAACGGCUACGAAGCCAGUGACUUGGCUAUCCGCCGAGCUACGGGGUAUUGUGAGCAGAUGGAUGUACACUCGGAGGCUGCUACUAUUCGCGAGGCCUUGACUUUCAGCUCGUUUUUACGUCAAGACGCGUCGAUGUCGGAUGCGAAAAAGUACGAUUCGGUUAACGAAUGUAUCGAACUGCUCGGCUUAGAGGAUAUCGCAGACCAGAUCAUCCGUGGCAGCUCAGUAGAGCAGAUGAAGCGCUUGACUAUUGGAGUAGAGCUUGCUGCUCAGCCCAGUGUGAUUUUCCUCGAUGAACCGACCAGUGGGUUGGAUGCAAGGUCUGCUAAGAUUAUCAUGGAUGGGGUUCGGAAAGUGGCAGACUCGGGACGUACUAUCAUCUGUACAAUCCACCAGCCAUCCGCUGAGGUGUUCUACCUGUUCGACAGACUACUAUUACUACAACGUGGAGGCCAGACUGCGUUCUACGGGGACUUGGGCCCGAACUGCCGUAACUUGAUCGACUACUUUGAGAAUAUUCCAGGCGUGGCUCCACUUCCUGUAGGUUAUAACCCCGCUACGUGGAUGCUGGAGUGUAUUGGCGCUGGUGUUGGCCAUGGAAGCGAAGACUCGACUGAUUUUGUGUCGUACUUUAAGACCAGUCCGUACAACCAGCUACUGGAGAGUACAAUGGCGAAAGAAGGCAUUACUACUCCGUCCCCGGAUCUCCCUGAGAUGGUGUUCGGCAAGAAACGUGCUGCCAACUCGAUGACUCAAAUGAAGUUCGUGGUGUGGCGCUACUUCCAGAUGUACUGGCGGACACCGACCUACAACUUGACAAGGAUGUACCUCGCCGUCUUCUUGGCAAUUUUGUUCGGACUGAUCUUCGUGAGCAAUGACGACUACGCUUCGUACUCCGGCUUGAACUCUGGAGUGGGUAUGGUCUUUAUGUCUUCGCUCUUCAACUCGAUGGCGGUGUUCCAGAGCGUCAUGCCCUUGACAUGUGCAGAGAGAGAAUCAUACUACCGCGAACGAGCUUCGCAGACGUACAACGCCUUCUGGUACUUCGUCGCUGCGACGCUGGCUGAGAUCCCCUACUGCUUCGUCAGUUCGCUUCUGUUCACUGUUAUCUUCUACUACUUCGUUGGGUUCACUGGGUUCUCGACGAUGAUCGUUUUCUGGCUCCAGUCGUCGCUGUUGGUGCUCAUGAUGGUCUAUCUGGCUCAGUUCUUCGUCUUCCUGACGCCGAGCGAAGAAGUGGCGCAGAUCGUAGGAAUAUUGUUCAAUAGUGUCUUCAUGAUGUUCGUCGGCUUCAGUCCUCCGGCGUACAAGAUUCCGUCGGGCUACGAGUGGCUGUACAAGAUCUGUAUCUUCAAGUUCCCGAUCGCCAACCUCAUUUCGAUGAUUUUUGCUGAGUGCGACGAGCUCCCGACCUGGAACGAGACGACGCAAGCGUACGAGAACGUCGGGUCUCAACUUGGUUGCCAACCGAUGGCAGGAUCUCCGGAGACCGUCGGCCACAUCACCAUUAAGGAGUACACGGAGCAAUACUUUGGCAUGAAACACCACCAGAUUGCUCGCAACUUCGGCAUCACAGUCGGCCUCAUUGUGCUGUUCCGAAUUUGGGCGGCGCUGGCCAUGCGUUACGUCAACCACCAAAAGAAGUAAGGAUAGCAACACCGAUGAUUAGCUAGUAGCGAUCUAUAGUCUACCUAUUUUUGAUUUUAAAUGUAUGCAAACUUCCGGGUUUUUGCUGUUGUAAUCGAAAAUGAAACACCAGCCCCCUUAACUCGGAAAUCAAACUUCAGUGAAUAAUUUUAAAAAGAACAAAUGUGUAAGAAGAUGG